GCAAUGGUAAUCGAGGCAGAGUCAGACUUGUCUCUAGGCUCCGAACUGGAACCCAAAAGCUAAUUAAUGGUGGGAAGACAGUCCCCUUUCCGCCGCCGACGUUUCCUCCUCCGCCGCCGCCGCGCCUCCCGAUGCCGUCGCGCCAGCGCCUUCUUCCGGCCCCCUCCACCUCCGCGCCGUCCCCGGCUGCCGCGCUCCUCCACCAGCAGCACCGUCACCACCAACGCCACCUCGCCGCGAAGGCCGCGGCGGCCACGGCGACCGUGGCGGUCGCCCUCGCGGUCGCCCUCGUUGCCGCGCUGUGGUGGCGGAGGAGGAGGAGGAAGCUGGCGGCGGCGGAGCCAGAGGGGACCAAGGCCCUACGGCGCCUAUCGUACCGGCAGCUGAGGCGCGCCACGGCCGGGUUCGCCGCGGGGAACAAGCUCGGCCAAGGAGGGUUUGGGCCCGUCUUCCGCGGCGUUCUCCCCCCGGAGAAGGGCCGUGGGGGCACUGAGAGGGAGCGGCCCGUCGCCGUCAAGGUCAUGGACGCCGCGGGCUCGCUCCAGGGCGAGCGCGAGUUCCACAAUGAGAUCGCCGUCGCAUCCCAUCUCCUCAGCUUCGGCUCCACCUCAACCGCCGAGGAGGCGCUCUGCUCCAACGUCCUGCUUCCGUUCGCUUACUCGAUGCCGGCGCGCGGGGGAGAAGCCCGGCGGCCGCGCCGGAUGAUGCUGGUGUACGACCUCAUGCCCAACGGGUCGCUGCAGGACGCGCUGCUUGGCGCGGGGUCGCGCCGCCGCCCGGAACUCGUGUCCGAGUGGCCGCGCCGCCUCGCCGUGGCGCGGGACGUGGCAGCCGCGCUCCACUACCUCCACUCCGUCGUCAAGCCGCCGAUCAUGCAUGGGGACGUCAAGCCCAGCAACAUCCUGCUCGACGCAGACCUCAAGGCUCACCUGGCCGACUUCGGCCUCGCCCGUGUGUGUUCCGACCCUGACCCUGAAGGCGAGCUGGUGAGCGGCGUGAUUGCUGAAGGCAACGGCAUGAUUGCAGAAGGAGCUGAUGCGAAUGGGAAUCCUGAUUGGGGAUGUGAUGAUGACGUCUCAGUGGUGACGGAGAGGACCACGGUGAAUGGGGAGGGGAAUGUUGCGCCCAAGUCGCCAGAGGAUGAUGAGGGCUUCACAUCUGCAUCGCCGGCAGAGGCCGCAUCCACUUCUGUGUUUGACAGGGCCAGCGUUGACAGUGGUACGAACAGCCGCAGCGGCAAUGGUGCCUCACGUACUGGUGGCGCCACGGCAUCAGGAACUGGGAGUGAUUGGUGGCGGCGGCAGGACAAUGGUGCACCAAAUAUUGGGGUUAAGGACUAUGUCAUGGAGUGGAUUAGAUCAGAGAUCAAGAAAGAACGCCCGAAGAGUGAUUGGAUUGCAGGGACAGCUGUAAACAAUCCAGUUGCCGAGAGGAAGAAGUCGAAGCGGAGGGCGCGAGAAUGGUGGCGCGAGGAUUAUGUUGAUGAGCUUGCCAUGAAGCAGAAACGGCGGACACUUGCCAAAUCAAAGAGCCAGCAGGUCGGGUUGCAAUGGUGGGAAAGGGAUAUUGAUGAUGACUUUGAUGAGAAGGGGCAGUCCAAGUGGAAUUUGGUAAAGAGCUGGAGUCGGAGGAGCAGCAAUAGCACCAGCUAUGGCCAUGGGAGCAUUAAUUGGUGGGUAAAUGGUGCAAGAAGCAGCCGUGAUUGGGCAAGUGGAGAAUUAGUUCCCAAGAGCGGUGGUACAGUGAGCAGCACGCCUAGCAUGCGUGGCACGGUAUGCUAUGUGGCUCCAGAGUAUGGUGGCGGAGGUCCAUUAUCGGAGAAAUGUGACAUCUACAGCUUUGGUGUCCUAUUACUUGUUCUUGUUUCUGGGCGCCGGCCAUUGCAGGUAAUGCCGUCAGCCAUGUCGGAGUUUGAGAAGGCAAGCCUUAUAUCAUGGGCCAGGCACCUUGCACGCGCCAGCCGCUUACUUGAUCUGGUUGACCCUGCCCUGCAUGAUGUUAACCGUGAAGAGGCAUUGCUCUGCAUUACCGUUGCACUCCUCUGCAUCCAGAGGUCUCCAGCUCAUCGCCCAUCGAGUCAGGAAUUGAUCCAGAUGCUCUCUUGUGAGGGAGAACUGCCAAACCUCCCACUGGAGUUUUCACCGUCACCACCUGGUGGGUUCCCUUUCAAGUCGCGGAAAAAAGUUCGGUGAGUUUGUUGGGUUCCCUUUCAAGUCGCGGAAAAAAGUUCGGUGAGUUUGUUUAGGUUCUUGCUUAGAUGAAAAGGUAGCAUCAACCUUCUGCCUUUCUGUAUGCUUCCUCAUGUAUGCCUUCCUUGUAUCUGUUUUCUUUUCCAUGUACUAAUAUAAAAAUCUUACUAGAUGCCAAAAAGGUGAUGGAAAUCUCAAUUCACAUUGCACAAGAACUGUGUCCCCAUGAAUCAUAGGCCCAUACCCAAAUUUAGUACCAAGGGCCAUGGAGGUUACUUUAAUGACCCUUUGGAGUGGGAAGUAUGGUUUUUUGGUAUACCGUAUUACAUCUUUUUGUUGGACAUGCCUAGAAGGUAUUGCGUUAUGGACCCCCGCGAAUUUGGUGGCUGAGCUGUAUGCCUACUUGUAUGUUGGAUUCAAUCUUUUCCUUUUCUGAUCAAACUUUCUCCUCCUUUUGCAUUUUCACUAUCACUUUUUCCUUGCGUGGUCGAUUCUGCCCAGUUGCUACAACUACUACUUAGAAUAUGAGAGUCAACAAGGUCAUUAUGCUAUCUGCAAAGGCUUCAUUGAGGUGUCAGUACCAGUGACACUCAGUCUUGGUAAUGUGGUUCACCAACAUGGUUGGACACAAUAUAUUGGUAGUGGUAGGUUCGAUGUUCACACAACCAGCCAGUAGGUUAGUUGUUAACAUACAUAGCAUCAUAUUUGUAGGUUUGCCUGCAUUACUUCAGAGUUUUGUUGUCCUACACUAUUGUUAAUGUUGUUAUUAGAAUCUAUACACUGUUUGAUGUGAAUGGGUAGGAAGACUGUCAACAUUGGGGCACGAAAAGUCACAAAAAUAUUUGGCUGUCAACUUUUCUGUGACCCAUGGUUUGGGCUGAAAAAUUGACCACCACAAGCCCUGAACUGAAGUACAUACUUUGUUUAUUCCCCCUCGAAAGAAUCCAUCAUUCUCCCUGUUGAGCCACUGUGUUCUUCAUUUAUUCUCAAUCUGAGAUGGCUGGUGCUCCAUAGAUUUAUAUUUUUCAAUUCUGGUUACACUAAUAUCAAGGGUAAAUUGGUUCAAAGGGCACAUUGGGUAUUAUACUUUAAUGAUGGGGAUGGUGCAUUGAACCGACCUGCAAAAAUGAGCCUAACGGGCUCCACUUCAGACCCACAAAACUGCUUUGGUUCAGAAGUUCAGAAACCAAAGAACUGGACAAUCGAGAGGUUCAACCCAUCCCUUCGAAUCGGCGGCACUGCAGCGCUGACUACCGAGCUACGCCUCGCCUUUUUCGUCACCGGCGUCGUCCCAUCGUGCCUGCUAUGAGCAGGUUAUAAUGUCGCGGCGCUCUGAGGGCUGAGCAGAUUGGAUCGGUCCGCCGCCGGCGGUUCCCUCCUCCCAUUCUCAGGCCUCGGCGGCAGCGGCUUUCCUGCCCCCGUCCUCAAGUUCUCAGAAUGAUGAUGACUCCUUUCUAUCGCCUGCAAGAGAUCUCCUGAAUCUGCGUGGUAUGCUCCCCUUCUCUAAUGAACCAAGUUCUUAACUUCCUUGCUACUGGUCUAGUUCUAAAUCAAAGUUUCUUUCUCAAUUUGUAUAUGCUUCAGUUUGUGUGAUAAUAUCGCUCUAUUAUGAAAACAUGACUAGUACAUCACAUAGGCUUGCUCGACGAAGCAAAUUUGAGUGAGAUCUUCAGUGUCUCAUUUGCCUGCCUGUAGCUACCUUUAUAGUUUAUCCUCAUACUGAAAACCUGCUAAAACUAUUGUACGACUGCCAAAGAUGAGUGCUAUUUAUCUAACUAGACAGUUUAAAUAUGCACAGUACAACUGAGUCAUUAGCUUUGUUUGAAUUAUAUGAUUGGAUGGUAAAUUGGUAAUCCCUCAACGCUUAGUGUGUCACUGCUGCUGAUCAGGGGGAGUUGGUGCCUGGCGUUCUUGUUGUUGCCAGCUAGGAAAAACAGAGGAGAGCCCUUCCAUUUUGCUUGCUUCCUAUUCGUAUUGCAGUACUACUGCUACUUCUUUGACUCUUUCCAGCUUUCUCAGUUUUAUAGUUGCAUUGGCUAUUUGUUCGGAGCUGCUUUAUAAAUUAUCUUGAAGUUUAUAUCUUUGAGAAAUUUCCUCAAGUACUGUAACUUGAAACCAGCAAAAUAGGCUGCAUCUGCAUCUUCAACUGAGAUGACCUAACAUGUUUGCUUCUUUCCAAUCUUGAUUCACUUGUUUAAUGCUGGUCUGGACUAACAUUGAUUGAAAGUACCUGUAUAGAUUAAGGACAGUUAUAUUGUAGACCAAUAUCAAACUGAAACUCAGAUGUAUUGUUACAAUUAAAAAGGCUAUAUUUCUUAGUUGUACACUCUUCAUAGUUAUUUGUUCUACAUUAUUUCAGUUUGCAAUUCUGAAGGUAUAGUUUCACAAUAUUGUAGAUUAAUCAAUUUCCUUAUGUACUAAACCUCCAGCACUUUUUCUUACUCACUUAUGGAUGUCUGAGCUAACACUUCUGUGAAUUUUGGUUUAGGAUAGCACUUUAGUAGCUAACUCACCAAUACUUUUUCUUUGUUGAUUGGUGCUUUACAUUUCUGUAACUAGGACACAUUUCUCUAGUUUUAUUUUGUGACUAAUCGUCAUACACUUAUUAGAAGCCCAGUUUUCUUGUUGCAACAGAAUGCUUUGUACACAAGUUCUCCGUGUUGGAUUAUCAAGGCAUCCUACUUUUCUUCGUACAAUUGCAAGUGCCAUGACUGCAGGAUCGUUGAAGAGGCGUACAAGGGCCAUGGCUGCCGGAACGGUGAAUAGGCUGCCGAGUCUAGUUGGAGGAGCACUACAAGACUAGAUGAAUUUUGAUAUCUAUUAAGCUAAUUCUGUAAUUUGUGGUUUUAUAUGGUUCAUCGUGUCAUGGUACUCUAUGGAGACUAUGACUAUGAACAUCACAUCUAGUGCAUGUUAUUUUCCUGCUAUUAUUAGCUGAAGUUCUGCUAGAGACAAAUUAGUGCUGUGCUAGUCUCCUUGUCAUCAAUUAAAAGUAAUUUUUUU